CCGCCAUGACCUCGAGUGUUGCGCCGCGUACAUCAUGUCAAACUGUACAAGCAGGCUCGUUUGCUUGGGAGAGAUUGAGUUUGACAUGUGUAGAUACAUCUCAAGAUCUAGACACCCUUCCUUGAAUACUGUUCACGCCAUUGCCGCGCGGUGCGGAUGUACUUAGGUCGCUGAAAUCUGUAGUCUCCUGUCUACAAUCCACAUCACUACCUCUCAAGAUUCAUGUUUUAUAUUCAUCAGCAAGUACUAUUUCGUUAUCACACGGAACAAAUAAUUCAUAACAUGCAUCGACAUGCCUUGGCUGCCUAAUAGGGGAUCCCGUAUCCCACCCCUCCCCCGCACUUCUCACCCAUCUCAGCAUCUACCUAUACGAUAGCAAGCAAAACCGAACAACUCUCUCCCUCGCCACACAAGAAAAUCGUUACCAUCUACAAACGAUCCUCUGGAUAACCGGCACAGAAUUCCCAUCCUCUCCCCAUCCUUCCACAUGCCGCAAUAUGCAGGGUGAAUCCAACCCAUCCCUCCCAUGCAACGUGCGCCCUGCCACUCCAACAAGGGGGGGUAAUACACCAACCCCUUCCACUAUCAGACUCCAACAUAUCGAAACCCACGCCCCUCGCUGCGCAACGACAUCACUCCUGUCUGGGCAGCGCACACCUCUCGCAGGUCGCGCAGUGGGGACCAUGUACAAUGAUGUACGCGAUAGCCAUCAAGGUGGUGUUGUAGGUGGGGUUCGUUAG